AACAAACCCGUUAAGAGAAAUAAGUAACCGGUUUAUCCGGUUCUCCAUCGAUUCAUCAUCCGACUAUAUAUUAACCCUAACCUCCAUAACUCGGUCUCGCCGGAUUUUCAACGAAGAAAUUAAUAAAAUCAACUAAGCUAGUGUUUGAACGAACAUAUGGCUUCUGAAUUAGAACCAGUGCCUGUAAAUUCACAAAAACAUGAUCCAGCAUGGAAGCAUUGCCACAUGUAUAAAAUUGGUGAUAAGGUUCAACUCAAGUGUAUCUAUUGUGGGAAGAUGUUUAAGGGUGGUGGGAUUCACCGGAUUAAAGAACAUCUAGCGGGUCAAAAGGGUAACGCCUCGAGUUGUUUGAGAGUACAGCCGGAUGUUCGGUUGUUGAUGCAAGAGAGUUUGAAUGGGGUUGUGGUGAAGAAGAGGAAGAAACAGAAGUUAGCUGAAGAAAUCACGAAUUUUAACUCGGGGGGUGAGGGUGAUUCGUUUGCGAAUGCCGAUGUUUUGAUGCUUCCUGUUCCGGAAAGUGUUGAACCGAGUUCGAGUUUGUUGGUGAAUCAGGAAGAGGAGAGUGUUGUGAGUAAUAAGCGAGGUGGAGGUAGGAGAAAGAAAGGGUUUAGAGUGAGAAAAGGGUCGAAUGCGCUAGCUUUGGUUGACUCUGUAUAUGACGAUUCGAAAAAGGUUAACCAUCAAGUUAGUUUAGCAAUCGGGCGGUUUUUGUUAGACGCUGGUGUACCGUUAGAUGCUGUGAACUCUGUACAUUUUCAACCUAUGAUUGAUGCGAUUGCUUCGCAAGGAUCGUCGGGAGUUGUGGGACCGUCUUAUCACGAUCUUCGAAGCUGGAUUUUGAAGAGUACGGUUCAAGAAGUGAGAACUGAUGUUGAUCAAUGCAUGGGGAGUUGGGGGAAAAGUGGUUGUUCUGUUCUAGCUGAUGAAUGUACAUCGGAAAAUGGUAAAACGUUUCUGAAUUUUUCGGUGUAUUGUCCUGAAGGGUUAAUGUUUCUUAAAUCUUUUGACGCAACCAACAUUAUGAACUCCACCGAAGCUUUAUUCACCUUGUUUAAGGAAGUUGUUGAAGAAGUUGGAGUGAGAAACGUGUUACAAAUUGUUACUAAAAACGAAGGGCGUUACGUAGAAGUCGGGAAACAAAUAGCCGACAGUUUUCCGACCAUUUUCUGGACUCCAUGCGCAACGCAUUGUGUAGAUUUGAUACUAGAGGAUUUUAGAGAACUUGAAUGGAUAAGUACCAUACUCGAACAAGCCAGAUCGAUAUCAAGGUUUAUUUACAACCACAGCUUUGUUUUGAAUAUGAUGAGACGGUAUACUUUCGGAGUCGACAUUGUUGUCGUGGGUCCUACACGUGCUUCAACCGAUUUCUGCACAUUGAAACGGAUGGUAAGUGUCAAACACAACCUUCAAUCGAUGGUAACCUCAGAGGAGUGGAUGGAGUGUUCAUACGUCAAGAAAGAAGAAGGAUACACUACUUUGGAUUACAUAAGCAAUCCGUCGUUUUGGUCCAUGUGUACAGUAAUCACCCAUUUAACAGAUCCUUUAUUGAGACUUCUGAGAAUUGUCGGUGAAAAAAAGAGACCGGCAAUGGGGUAUGUUUACGCAGGGGUAUAUCGAGCAAAGGAAGCAAUUAAGAAAGAACUUGUUCAGAAGAAAGAUUAUAUGGUUUAUUGGAACAUAAUAGAUCGUAGGUGGGAACAACUUAAUCGGCAUCCUCUUCACACUGCUGGUUUUUAUCUUAAUCCAAAGUUUUUCUAUAGCACCGAAGGAGAUAUUCAUCUUCAGAUCCGAUCAUCAGUCUACGAUUGCGUUGAAAGAUUGGUUCCCGACACUACAAUCCAAGAUAAAAUUGUUAAAGAGACAACGUUAUACCGUGAAGCUGCCGGUGAUUUCGGGAGGAAAAUCGCUAUACGUGGCAGAGAUACCUUAUUUCCUGCUGAGUGGUGGUCAACAUACGGAGGGGCUUGUCCAAACUUGGUUCGUUUAGCGAUCCGUAUUCUCAGUCAAACCUGCAGUUUGGUUGGAUGUAAAACAAACAAGAUUCAUUUCCAACAAAUUCACGAAACAAAGAAUUACGUAGAACACCAGAGACUCAGUGACAUUGUAUUUGUUCAAUACAACAUGAGAUUAAAGCAAAUGUUCUAUAAUAAAGAGCAGGAAACCCCUGACCCCAUUUCAUAUGACAACAUCAAUUUUGCUGAAGCGUGGGUAACCGAAAAGGAGAUUCACGCAGAUGAGAUUGGUAGAUCUGAUUGGAUGACGGUUGAUCCACCGUUAGGCAAUGUCAUGAUUUUAGGACCCGAAGUUGAUGAUAUCGAAACCCUUGGUGAAGGGUUUGAUGAUCAUGAGAUAUUUGAUAGGUUGAAAGACAUUGGAGACGAAAUCGUCGAAAAUGAUGUACAAGAAGUAGGUAAGCUUUGUUAGUUUUCGUUUCUUUCAUUCUUAGUUUCAGACAUCAUAUUGUGUCGAGAUUCGAAGAUACGGAUGAUCUAUUUUACCAUCCUGUAAAAUGUUGUUCUAAUGUCAUAUUUAUGCGUUAAUUAAAAGAAUAAUUUCCUCACA